CCCCGUCCUGCCCCACCAGCCCCCACCCCACGCCUCCCGGGACGGCCCGCUCCGCCUGCCUGAGUCACGGCUGGAGCUGGGGAGGAGCCGCGGAAGGGAGGCCCCAGCCCAGAGUGCAACCAGCGGCCGCAGGGAGAGCAGGCAGGGAGGUCGGGGAUCAUGGGGGAGAGUGCGCUGGAGCCGGGGCCUGUGCCCGCAGCGCCGGCUGGGGGCCCGGUGCAUGCCGUGACGGUGGUGACGCUGCUGGAGAAGCUGGCCACCAUGCUGGAGGCGCUGCGGGAGCGGCAGGGGGGCCUGGCUCAGAGGCAGGGCGGCCUGGCGGGCUCCGUGCGCCGCAUCCAGAGCGGCCUGGGGGCGCUGAGCCGCAGCCACGACACCACGAGCAACACGCUGGCACAGCUGCUGGCCAAGGCGGAGCGCGUGGGCUCUCACGCGGACGCCGCCCAGGAGCGCGCCGUGCGCCGCGCCGCCCAGGUGCAGCGGCUGGAGGCCAACCACGGGUUGCUGGUGGCGCGCGGGAAGCUCCACGUCUUGCUCUUCAAGGAGGAGGCUGAAAUCCCAGCCAGCGCCUUCCAGAAGGCUCCCGAGCCCUUAGGCCCGGCAGAUCAGCCCCAGCCUGGCCCAGAGCAGCCGGAGGCCGAAGUUGAGGAGAGCUCAGACGAGGAGCCGGUGGAGUCCAGGGCCCGGCGGCUUCGGCGCACCGGGUUGGAGAAGGUCCAGAGCCUGCGAAGAGCCCUCUCGGGCCGGAAGGGCCCUGCAGCACCAACGCCCACGCCAGUCAAGCCACCUCGUCUUGGGUCUGGCCGGAGCGCUGAUGGCCAGCCAGAAGCCCGGCCUGCGCUGGAGCCCAAGCUGGAGCCAGAACCUCCGCAGGACGCCGAGGAAGAUCCCGGGAAAUCUGGGGCUGCUGAAGCCGCGGUGCUCCGAGUAGAGAGUGCGGCCUAAUGGCUGGUGCUGUCUUUUGCUCCUGUGCCUAUGCCUAGUCCCAAAAUAAAUCUCCCUCUCCAAAGCAGCAUAAACGCCCAAAUAAGGAGUGAAUCCUGCACCCAUAGCCCAUCUCUGGCCUUCCCUUCCCGGUGCCUUCAAAUUAGCCUGCGUCCUCUAUAAGAGCAGCUGUGGCUCACACCUGCUUGCACUCCUGGUCAAUAAAAGUCAUGUCACCUAA